GUACCUCCUUUCCCGGUCGCUGGUCGGUCUUUUCAGGUUCCUACCUCCUAGAUCCUUGGCCAUUACAAACUCGCCAACACGAGCCGCCUCUCUCGCCCUCUCUCUGGCCGCAGCAAUGGCGUCGCUUCGACUUCCUCUCCUCCUCUCAUUGCUUCUUCAUUCCAUUCUACUGAUGGAACACCGAGUUCGAUGCGAUGAUGAGGAGGAAAAACUUCUUCAAGGCAUUAAUGCCUACCGUGCAUCCUUGAACUUGACAGCCCUAGCAAAGAAUGACAAUGCAGAGUGCCUUGCCAGUAAAAUGGCCGAUGAGUUCAAGAAUCAAGCCUGUACGAACACCACGGGCGCCAACACAGUACCUGGGACAGAACCUCUGUUUGCCAACUAUCCAAGCCUCUUAGACAAAUGCCAUUUGAAUGUGAACAACACUAGGGAUGGGGCUGUAUUGCCAGCUUGUGUUCCUAACCUGGAUCCAAGUCUUGUCCUAUCGAACUUCACCCAGUCUCAGUAUUCUCAGUAUCUCAACGACACUCAGUUUAUAGGAUUGGGGAUUGGCUCUGAUGGCAACUGGAUUGUUGUUGUUUUGACAAAAAACACAUCCGGGGGAAGCUUUGUAACUGAAACUGCAGAUAACUCUGCUUCCAAGUUUGGGUUCAUCCACCAUUCACUGUUUUUGUUGAUAGGUUCUUUGUUCUUGUGAACUGAAAUGAGUGAUGGUCUUUUCUUGACAAUUCUUGUUUUCUGUAUGUUAGUAAUCGAAGGCCACAUUAAUAUACAUUUAAAGGUCAUGAUUUUCUUUGUUCGGAUGAAAACUUGAGACGGUGUAAUUACCAAAUACAACUUGAUGAAAUAAUGAUCUUUUUCUUGUA